GGGAUUUUUUUUUAGAAAUGUCAUAGUAUGGAGGCGUGAACGUCAAAUUGUUUUCAACAUAUUACUUCAAUUAUACAAUAGCAUUGUUGGUGACAUUAUUAGAAAAAAUGUCUUCUUCACAGGAUUCUUGCUACAUCUCCCUUUUAGGAUUGGCUGAAUACUUUCGCACAUCAAAUCCACCGGAAAUACGAAAGAGUAUACAAUGUUUGCAAGCAUUAAAUUCUCUUCAUCCGCCACAGAAAGUAGAAGCUCGAACGAAUCUCCAGAUUGGACAACUUUUAAUGGCCCAUACGAGUAACUAUGAUUUGGCUCGAUUUCACCUGGAACAAGCGUGGACACUAGCAGAAAAUAUUGUUGCAUUUGAUGAUGUAAAAUUUGUAACAGCUAGCCUUUUGGCACAGUUAUAUCAGCAACAAGAAGACGUCAGCUCGCUCCCGAAAUCGAAUAAAGUUCUUAGAAAGGCAAUUGAACUUUCACAGUCCAAUUUUUACUGGCAUAGUCGAUUGCUUCUUCAGCUUGCUCAACUUCACGCGUCAAACAAACAAUUUAUACUUGCAACUGAACUUCUAUCUGUGGGUAUUGAUGUCAGCGAGGAAUACAAUGCCGUUUUUAUGAAAAUCCUUUUUAUGCUGAGCAAAGCAAUGAUUUUAAUUGUUGUACGAAGGACUAAUGAAGUUACAACUAUUCUUAGUCUAGCAGGAGCUAUUAUAGAGACACAGCUCCACAAUUUACACCAGAAGGAAUACAUUAAGGUAUUUUUUCUUGUUCUCCAAGUAUGCUACUAUCUCGUGAUUGGACAGGUGAAAACGGUUAAACCGUAUCUAAAACUUCUUCAGCAAAGUAUUCAGAUAAUCAUGGCACCAAAUUUUCCUUCAGACGAAGGUGUAGCCAGUUGUGGAAACACAACUGAGAAUAUAAUGUGGCUUCCGAAGGAACAGCUCUACGUUCUCGUAUAUCUGGUAACAGUAUCUCAUUCAAUGAUGGCUGGAUACAUGGAUAAGGCACAGAAGUAUACGGAAAAAGCGUUGUCACAAAUUGACAAGCUUAAGCAGGCAAAGAAACAGCCAAUCCUCUAUGUCUUUCAGAUAAUCCUUAUGGAGAAUAUUAUUAUGUGUCGUUUAGUGAUGGGAAAUAAGUUCAUUGCCAUACAGGAAAUAGCUUUUGCACGCGAUAUUUGCCUACAAUCACCCAAUAGUCAACUAGUCGUAACUCAUUUGGCUCAGCUACAUUGCCUUCUUGGCCUCUACUCAAUGUCUAUAAGCUUAUUUGAGCACGCUGAGAGACAGUUUAUUAGUUGCAUUGAUGAAACACAUGACAGAGAACUAAAACUUUUUGCUAAUCUUAAUCUGGCAAUAGUGUAUUUGCGAACAAAACGAGAACAGCAGCUGGGUUUAAUUCUCGAAGCAAUAUCAGUAGAGAGUGCACAUUCAUUACACAAUCAAGCACUUCUUGGAAGUUUCUACUACAUUCAGGGACUGAAUUCUUUUUAUAAAAGUAAUUUUCAUGAUGCAAAGCGUUUUUUGCGUGAGACACUCAAAAUGGCUAACUCGGAGGAUCUUAAUCGUUUAACAGCAUGUACUCUAGUUCUCUUGAGUCAUGUAUUUUUAAGCAUUGGUAACUCCAAAGAGAGCAUGAAUAUGGUGACACCGGCAAUGCAGGUAGCUUCCAAGAUACCAGAUAUUCAUGUCCAACUAUGGGGAAGCGCUAUUCUAAAAGAUUUGCACCGAAUGUCCCGUGAUACAAUUCUUGAGUCAGAAGCUUAUAACAAUCACUUGGCAUUCUCUCAGACUCUACUAGCAGAUCACUAUAAAUGCACAAAAUCAUCUGAGCACAAUCUCAUCAAUUGGUUUACAGGACUUCCACCCACGUCUAAUUUAGCCACUGAAUCAUGCUCCAGUGUAACUGCAAGCUGUGAAAUGAACAUGAGUUCCAGUUCAACAGCAUUUUCAUCACAAUAAAUUAAAUUGAAGUUCACUUUGCAGUAGAGGUCUAGAUCUAAGAAGAAUAAUAUGAUGCACAUCCCAUGUGGACCUCUACUGUAUUUUAACAUUUUGAGGUGUUAAAAAAUAGUAAUAAAAAAAAGCUUCUUGGUGUCUUCAAAUACAGUAAUGAAUAUUUGUUAGGUCAUAUUAUAACGAUAAAACGACACAAAAAAUCCUGAUAAAUUACUACUAUUAAAUGACGGAAUAAAAAUAAUACAUUUGACUAAGAAA